AUGUCUCAAUCUCUCCGGCCUUAUCUCCAGUGCGUCCGGUCGUCUCUGACCGCCGCUCUUGCCGUGUCCAACUUCGCAUCUCAGACGUCGGAGCGACACAAUGUUCCGGAAAUCGAGGCUGCUAGCUCUCCGGAGCUCUUAUUGAAUCCUCUGACUGUCGCUCGCAACGAGAAUGAGAAGGUCCUCAUUGAGCCUAGCGUCAACAGUGUCCGCGUUAGUAUCCGUAUAAAGCAAGCGGAUGAAAUCGAAAACAUACUGGUCCACAAAUUCACAAGAUUUUUGACACAACGCGCUGAGUCGUUUUUCAUUUUGCGGAGAAAACCCGUAAAGGGCUAUGAUAUCUCCUUCCUCAUCACCAAUUUCCACACGGAGGCGAUGUUGAAGCACAAGUUGGUUGAUUUCAUCAUUCAGUUUAUGGAAGAGGUGGACAAGGAGAUCUCAGAGAUGAAGCUUUUCUUGAAUGCCCGAGCACGAUUUGUCGCAGAGUCAUUCCUGACUCCGUUAACCAUUCAAUCUAGUUUGACUAAGGCGUGA